UCUCGUUGUUGUAAGCGGUCGGAUUACUGAGAGAAUGAUGGCGGACUUGCAGUUAGCUCCACUGCGACCUAUUGGCGAUUUUCUAAUGGAAUCGGCACGAUUCCAAAUGCCAAACAUGGUGGAGGCCGACAAAUGGACAAAACGAGUGCUACAGAACCUACUAUAUUACCAAACAAAUUAUUUCUUAACGGCUUUAUUCGUCUUUUUGAUCAUCGGUGUAAUCCAUCCUGUGAAAAUGGUGUUUGGUUUUGUGGCUAUUGCUGCUGCUUUCGGAGGGUUUGUGUUCUGUACCAAUAACCAGUGGAAAAGCCGCAAGUUCAAGAGAGACCAUCCAAUCAUCAGUGUGUUGAUAGUACUUGGUGCUGGCUACCUUCUUGUCUACAUGCUGGGCGCUGUAAUAGUCUUCUUACUUGGGGUUGCCUUUCCUUUAAUGUUAAUUUUGCUACAUGCCUCUCUGAGAAUGAGAAGUAUAAAGAACAAAUUGGCAAACAAGAUGGAAUAUAUUGGCCUGAAGCGAAGUCCUAUGGGGAUCAUAUUGGAAGGAUUUGGUCAGGAUCAUGAAUCAGGAUAAUUAAAAAAAACUUUUAAAAAACUUGAAAAAAAGCAAAAAAUUGGCUUUCAUAUUCCUGUACAGAACCUUUUAUUAAAGCCACAAACAUGUCCAGUAAUUUUCACAAUGAAGUUUAAUUUUUUUUUUUUAAGAGUGAAAAAUAUUUGAAAAAAAUUGUAAACAAAACUGUUCAAAAACUUGGGAAAAAAAUAUAUAUAUAAAAAAAAUGGAAAAAAUUAAUUUGGAACAAAAUUCCUGAUAGAAGUGUUAUUUUGAUGGAGUUGAAUGGGGUGACUUGGGAAAUCAAAAACAAAAAAAAUGAAGAACCAGUUGAUUCUCUAGUUAUAUUUCCAUGUUACUGGUUACUAAACAAAUAUUCCUUUGUGAUAUCUUUUUACUCAUAUCUCUCUUCUUCCUUCUAAAACACAGGCUACAUGCAAAAAUAUGCACAACACAUGACCUAUAACACUGACAUACACAUUUGAUUUUCAUACACUAAAAGCAAAAAAAAAAAAAAUGCUCAUCAAACAAACAGACAUACAGGUACACAUAGUGUCCCUUACACAAAUGUUCCCACUUGAAAUGACACUACCUUCAAGUAUAUAUAUAGUGUGUGUGUAUAUAUAUAUAUAUAAUACAUAUAUAUAUAUGGCAAAUGAAAGACAGAAUAUGGAAUAUACAAGAGUUUAUUAUUAAUCAGGACAAUUGUUUCGACACAUCUAGCAUCACCUGACGAAAUACAUCUGCACCGCCGGAUGCUCCUGAACCAGUUGUUGAGUGUCCCACCCAUGAGGGAUCGACGUUAGAUGUGUCAUAACAAUUGAUGUGAUUCAUAAUAAAUUCUCGUAUAUUCCAUCUUCCGUUUUUCAUUUGCCAUAUACAUAACGAUCACUGUGAAAAGUGACCGUGCUUUACCAGUAAGCUACCAGGUGUAAACCAUUUGUUUUAUUAUCCAAUAUAUAUAUAUAUAUACACACACACACACACACACUAUGUAGUUGUACUUGUUAUACAGGCUGUAACAGCUGUGCUCAAGGUUUCCACAAAUAAGCCCAUUCAUUGUAAUACCUGUAUGCUGGUAUACUGUACCACAUUUAUGUUCUGAGAUAUAUUUGUAUGUGAACAUAGGGAUAUGGCCACAUACAACAAAUGCAUAAUACUGCUGUAAACAUCCACAGACACUCACACACAAACACUUUACACACACAUAUGCGCACACACACACACACACUCCUAUAGAAACAGCCUCAUUCAUCACCCUAUAUAAACAUCUGUAUAUCAAAAUGAGGGUACACCCCUAUAUAAACAGCUAUACAUCGACAUUCAGGUACACUUCUAUAUAGACAUAUCUGUAAAGCAACAUCCUGACAUAUCCGUGCAUUAUUAACAUAUAUAUAUAAAGUGGAUCUGCCUUCGGUUUCGAAGCUGAGUGCUUCAGUUGCUCAUCCAACUGAGCUACAAGCAACCAACUGGCUGAGUGUUCCACAGACAAAUGUACUCUUAUUGUAAUCCUUUGGAAGAAUCAGCAUGACACGAUGAUGUGUGACAAAGCUGGUCCCUUUGAAUUACAAGUAUAGUCCAUCCGAUGAGCUUCCACACAGUUUCCAUCUGCCCAGUUUCACUCACAAGACUUGGGUCAGCCACAGGUUAAGGUAAAAGACACUGGCCCAAGAUGCCAUAUGACGAGAUUGAACCUGGAGGCCUCACGAUUGCAAAGCAAACUUUUUAACCACUUGGCUAUGCCUGUGCCUAUAAUUUUUUUUUUUUUUUCUUACACAUGCACAUACAUUUACACACUCCUACGACACAAACCUGUAGACAUUCCCCUCCACAGAUGCAUUUGCACUUGUUUAUACACACACACACACACACACACACACACUUUGCAGACACACACACACAUAUACAAUGCAUAUGGUAUUGAUCUAUUUUCAAUUAUCUUGUUCAUCCUUCCUGUUUCUUGAGCCUGAAAUAGGCUUUCUCUCUCUGUAUUCUGUUUCCACCGAUGUUGAUGAUGCUGAUUCUCUUACGCUAAAUGUAGUCAAUGGGUGUUUUUUUUUUUUGUUUUUUGUUUUUUUUUUUCCUCUUCUAAAUCUGAAAAAGUGAAUAUAGCAGAAGUUUAGACAUAAACAGAUUGCCCCCCACCCUUUUUUUUUUUUUUUCACAAUUCUAUUUUUCUGCUAGUUUUUCUUGUUCAGUUCUUCAGUGAGAUCAUUGAUUUCCAAAGAUGUCUUUUUCUUUCUUUUUCUCUCUCUCUCUCUCACUCUCUAUUCAUAUUGAAUUAUAAUUUCCUUUCAUUAAGUGUUGACGCUGAUUGAGUUUGCAACUAUGUUAACUUAAACCCUUUUGAUACCAAUGCACCCGAAACUGUCUCUGGUUUUAUAAUACAAAGUUCCUGUUUUAAAGCAAUUUAAAUUAAAACCUACCAUCAAAAUUUCAUGUUUAUUUAUCUUACAAACACUUGCUUGGUAAUGGCAAAGUUAUUUUACUAAAUCCUUCAUUACUUUCAAAACUGACUGAAACAAAGUGUAUUUCAACAAAAAUAUGGUAACAAAAGGGUUGAUGCAUCUACCUAUGAUCAUGAUGGUAACGCUAAUACUUUUAAUAACAGCUACUUUAAGUUAGCUGGUGUUUAUAUGGUGGUCAGUGAACUUUUACCAAAAACUGACCAGUGAAAACUUUUUUUUUCUUUUACUUUUUUUUUUUUUAAUAUUUGGCUGCAAACACAAAAAUGGCUGCUACUAAUGUUAAAAUCAUGAAGAAAAGCAAUUAGGUACACCGUUUACAAAGACUAUGGGAGAUUUUGAACUAUUAUUUUAUAUUCUACCCUUAUUGUUAGUCUUUUCGUUCCUAAACUCAUCUAUAAUUGAUCUUCAGAAUUUGUCUGGUUUAUAAAUUUUCUCUCUGAAUCUAUUUUUGCUGAUAUUGUUUGUUUCAUUUAUUUGUAUUGUUUAACCAAUUCCCAGAAGGUCCAGCUUCAGUUGAUUUUUUUUUUCUUUUCUCCUUUCUUUUAUAAUUUUUUUGUCUUGUUUUUAUCCCCAUUUCAUUUCUUUUUUUUUUUUCCUUUUUUUUUUUUUUGAAAAGGUUUAAAUGAUACAAAAUAUUUGAAUUCUUCCAAAAUCAUCAUUCAAAAGUCCUCUAUUUUUUUGGUUUUCAUUGUCUGUGUUUACAUAUUUUUCCUUUUUUUUUUCUUCCUGACAGACGCCUGUUUUAUACACAAGUCUUUUCUUCUUCAAAACAUUACCCAUAUCAGUGAUGUUCAGCUGAAAUAAACUAAAGAUUUACACAGA